AUGAAAUACAAGCAAGCCGUACCCGUCGCUGUUUCCCUGCAGGACCUGCAGUCCAACACGGUCCCCUUCAGCACCCUCCUCGAUGCGUUUGGCCCGGACAGCCUGGGCAUCCUUAUCGUGACCGACCUCCCGUCCAGCUUCGCACCUCUCCGGCAAAAGGUCCUCUCCAACUCCUCGCGGCUUGCCCACCUCCCUCCGGCGACCCUGCAGAAAUUGACCAAGCCCAGCGCCAAGUAUCUCGUCGGCUGGAGCCACGGCGUCGAAACCCUGCGGCCGGGCGUGGUCGAUACGGCCAAGGGCAGCUACUACAUUAACUGCGCCUUCUACAAGUCCCCCUCCCUGCAGUCCGCAGACGCCGACAGGUUCCCGGGCUUCGAGGAGUACACCGCGCCCAACGUGUGGCCUGAGGAGGGGGACAUUCCGCACUUCAAGAGCGAUGCCGAAGAGCUGAUCCGCUUGAUCAUCGACACGGCCGUGCUGGUCGCGAGAGCGUGCGACAGCUUCGCCGAGCACGAGAUCGACGGCUACGAAGCCGGGUAUCUGGAAAAAGUUGUCCGGGGGAGCGAGACGACGAAGGCGCGGCUGCUGCAUUAUUUCCCCACGCUGCAGGAGAACGUGAACGGGAAUGGCGAUGUCACAAAUGGGCACGUCUCCCCCGCCGCAGCAAAUGAAGAGGAUAAGAAGGGAGAGAGCGACGAUGGGCCAGAGAUCGACGACUCCUGGUGCACCACGCACCUCGACCACGGGUGCCUGACGGGCUUGACCUCAGCCAUGUUCCUCGACGAGUCCUCCUCGCCCCCAUCCUCGUCCUCGUACACGGAGCUCCCCUCGUCCCCGGACCCGCAGUCGGGCCUGUACAUCCUCUCGCGGGCGGGCGAGAUCCACAAGGUCGGCAUCCCGCGUGACGCGCUGGCCUUCCAGACCGGCGAAGCGCUGGAGAUGAUCACGCGCGGCCGCUUCAAGGCCGUCCCGCACUUCGUCCGGGGCGUCGAUCCCAGAAAGAGCAAGAGCACCGCCCGCAAUACUCUGGCCGUCUUCACGCAGCCCAAUCUGGACGAGCCCGUCGAUCUGGAGACCGGCCUGACCUUUGGCGAGUUCGCUAGGGGCGUGGUCAAGAGGAACACUGCCGGCUAG